UGGACCGCAAGUGUCAACCUACAUUUCAUACGAUCACUGAGCCAAAAUUUAAACCAUCACUGAGCCAAAAUUAAAACCAUUCAGGAUAAGAUGAAAUUCGAGCAAUCAAAGCAUGAUUCACCUACAAAAUUGAUCCCCAACAAGGCCGAGACCCGCCACAGAAGUAUUUAACUCAACUCGCAGAGCACGAAGACAGACAGAGAGGCGGCUCGGGGGAAUGGAGGAGACUAAAGAAAAUGAAGAAAUAACCGUUGAAAAUGAAGCCAAUGACUCAGGCAGUCCUCCGGCAGCUCUAUCGAAGAAUGCGCAGAAGAAGCUGGUAAAGCAACAGAGACGGGAAGCAAAGAAAGCAGAGAAGAAGGCGGCCAUGAAAGAGCAGAAGAAGAGAGAAGCAGAGAGGAAGCGGAAGGAGUGGGACGAAAUGCUGGGAAGCUUGACGGAGGAAGAGAGGUCGAAGGUGAUCGAGUCGAGAAAGGGGAUGAGGAAGGAGAGAAUGGAGAAGAGGUCGGAGGAGAGAGACAAGAAGAUCGAGAGGCUCUCCGCAGCCAAACAACAUGGCCAGAACAUCGUCCUCGAUCUCCAAUUUUCCCAUCUCAUGACUCCUUCCGAGAUCAACAGCCUCGUUCAACAGAUUAUGUAUUGCUAUGCAGUAAAUGGAAGAUGCACUGCCCCUGGCCAUCUCUGGUUAACUGGCUGCCAAGGAGAAAUGGAGAUCCAAUUGAAAAGGCUCCCAGGAUUUGAUAAGUGGAUAAUAGAGAAGGAGAACCGAUCCUAUAUUGAAGCUUUUCAAGAUCGUAAGGAACAUCUAGUAUAUCUCACAGCAGACUCAGAAAAUAUUCUGGAUGAACUUGAUCUAACAAAAAUAUACAUUGUUGGUGGGUUGGUGGAUCGGAACCGUUGGAAGGGGAUAACUAUGGAGAAAGCAAAAGAGCAGGGAAUUCGAACUGCAAAACUCCCCAUAGGAGACUACCUGAAGAUGUCUAGCUCCCAGGUCCUCACCGUGAAUCAAGUGAUAGAAAUACUACUCAAGUUCUUGGAAACAAGGGAUUGGAAGACUUCAUUCUUUCAGGUGAUUCCUCAAAGGAAAAGAUGUGAAGCUGAUUCAGAAGAAUGUAAAGGAGAUUCAGACCCAGAAGAAAAUGAAGAUCAACUUGAGAGGAAAAGGAAGUUUGUUGAAUCCCCUCCCCAUUGCUAGAGGAUUGCAUGGACUUGAAAAAAGUUAUAGUCAUGAAUCAGAUUUUUGCUAGCCAGCCGGUUUUCUUUUCCAUGAACAAUGUGUGUUCACAAAACUGUAGAUCAAUAGCUUUAAAGGGGAAAGAAAACGAUAUUUACACUAUGCCAUGAGAUUUCUUUCUUCGUUAGUUUCCUUGUUUUUCCUUUUUUCUCCCCAACCCUUUUAGCACUGUGUCAACUUAGGCAAUGGGGGAGUGUGCAUUUUGCGAUGGAUACUUUACUUGGCUGAAAAUCAGGCUAGAGGGAAGGUUAUGUGUUAGAAGGAGAUUUUAGGUUGCAUAUUUGCCUCUUUGGUGUAGCUGUUUUUGAAGAUGAAAGUUGAUAAUUAAUUCAGAAGUAGAACCUAAAAGAAACCCUUUCGCAAGAGAAUUAGUUUUUUUUUAAAGCUUAGUUAAGUUGUUUAUGUUUUAUAAGUUGUAAGCAGUUGUAUCGUCAUGUUUGGGGUUGUAGUGUUUAUUACAAAUUUUGUUUUGAUGA